GAUUUAAUUUCGCGCGCGAAAGGAGAAAAGAUAAGGAAUUCGACUAGGGGGCCUAGCCUACAAUAUAUCUAAACCAAAAGCCGCAGCCUAAAACAAGAUUAAAGGCGGACAAAGCCUGUGAGAUGAAAAACUGUAAUAAAACAAAAUACUGUAAUAAAUGAUUAUAAAAGAAAUACGUAAGAAUGGAUUGCGAGCUGCUAGCUACUUGUAAUGGACUUGGCUUUCUUGAAGACGGGAAGAUAUACAAGAAGGAACCAGAUUGCUUAGAGACAAUUAAAGAUCUGAUUAAGUUUUUGCGACGUGAGGAUGAUACAAAAGAGGUUCGUCGUCAACUUGGAGGAGCACAAAUAUUGCAAAAUGAUCUGCUGCAUAUAGUGAAGCAGUAUCCGGAGGAUGAAACGCUUUUCGAAGCUACCAUCAGGUUGAUGGUAAACAUCACAACGCCGGCUGAAGUUUGCUUUGGUAAGAUCCCUGAUGACAAGACGUUUCAUCAGUAUUACCUUGAUACGAUCUCUCAUCUUCAGCAGUAUAAAGAAGCAUUUGCAGACGAUGAGUUCAUGAGCAUAUUGGCAGCAAAACUCAAAGGGCUGUUGGAUAUGGAAUGGGAGGAUAGGCGGGAUGAGCAUACACUUCUAAUGGAAAGAGUCUUGCUGUUGAUUCGCAAUAUUUUGCAUGUACCGUCCAAUCCAGAGCAAGAGAUGCGAACUGAUGAUGAUGCAUCUGUACAUGACCAAAUUCUAUGGGCUUUUAACAUCAGUGGUAUUGAUAAACUGAUCCUGUACAUUGCUAGUUCAGAGGAAGAACAGCAGUGGUGUAUGCAUGCAGUGGAAAUUGUCUCUCUCAUGUUCAAAGAACAGACACCAGAGCAGUUGGCAAAAGCAGGAGUAGCCAAAUCUCUAAGUGAGAGAGAAAAUGAGAAAAGGGAGUUGGAGGCCAUUCGACUACGAGAACUUGCUAAGCGUAGAGAACAGUUUUUACAAAGGAGUUCCAGGCAUUCUCGAUUUGGCGGAUCAUUCAGCGUCAAAAACGUGAAGUCAAUCAGCGAUCGUGAUUUGAUUUAUCACCAGUCGUUGAAUCAAGCAAAACAUAUCAACUUUGACCUGGACAAGAAGCCUGCCAAGAAACCAAAGAACCGCAUGCCGAUGAAUGAGAGAAGUGUUUCACGCAGAUCAACUCUUAGUAUACGACUAUUCUUGAAGGACUUUUGCGUGUUAUUUUUAGAAAAUUGCUACAACACUCUGAUGCAUAAUGUCAAGGACCAUAUCUUACAUGAGCGAGCUCAACAGAAUGAUGAGACGUACUACCUGUGGGCUAUGCACUUCUUCAUGGAGUUUAACAGGAUUUACAAAUUUAGAGUUGAUAUUGUAAGUGAAACGUUCUCGGUGCAAUCAUUCCACUUCAUUGAAACUCAAAUCACAAAAUACCUGGAUAUGUUGAUGACAGAAAAAAAAGAAGUUGUCUCUUGGUCCAGAAGACUACAUCUGUGUCUUCGAUGCUACAAAGAACUUCUGUUGACAGUCGAUACAAUGGGUCGAUCAACGGAUGAAUCUCUCAGAGACACUGCACACAUUAUUACAAGUAAUGUUGUGUAUGUCAUCGAAUAUCGCGAAGUCUUUAUAAGUCUACUGAAGAAAUUUGAUCAAACCAAAUUCACACAAGGAUAUUUGAAAGAUUUAGUAGAAACAACACAUGUUUUCCUGAAAAUGCUAGAAAGCUUUUGUAAGAACAAGGCUAAUGUUAUUGUACAGAAGAAAGCCAGAAAGAAACGUAAAAAGAAAAAGAAAGCUAAUAAACAGAAUACACUGUCUGAGGAUGCGUUGAAUGCACAAUGGGGAAAUGUGUCUAGCUCCUUGUCUGCGAUGCUACAAGGUCGGGAAGAUAUCCCCGAAAAUAUUACUCCAUUUGAUGCAGCUUCCGAUCAACCAGUUGAGGACCAAAGGGAAGUUUGGACUGAAGGGGAUGUAUUUGGUGCUGUUGACAUUGAACCUGAAGAUGAGUUUAUGGCCCUUCGUGAAAUUCUCAUGACCAAUUUAAAUGUGGAUAAUUCAAGUAAUGGAGCAGAACAGGAUAGGAGUAUCAAUGAAGAAGAAGAGGAGGAUGAGGAGGAGGAUGAAGAAGAAAUGAUGAUAUCAGAACAUGGAGAAGAAAAUUUUAACUUCCAGCAAUAUGUGAAUAGAUUUGCACAUUGCAAGGUCAUGGAAUCGUAUGUCCACCUCCUGAAGUCCUUUGACAAAAACACAGUGCACACCAACCACUGCAUCAUAAAGCUGUUGCAUCGGGUGGCUGUCGACCUUCAUAUGGAGCCUCUCCUCUUUCAGUUGUCUUUGUUCCGCGUGUUCCAGAAGCUGUUGAAUGACUCGGUGUCAAAGCUACCAGAAUACAAGGAAAUAGUUAAAUUUGCAAAGUUCAUCAUGAGAAAAUUCUUUGAAUGUUUGGAGACAAACAAAAAAUUGUUUGUAGAAAUCCUUUUCUGGAAGGAUGUCAAAGAGGCAUAUGAGCUUACGGAAGGCUAUGGAAGUCUAGCCGCAGAAAAUAGCAACAGACAGAAGACAAGUGAAUGGAAGGAGGAAGAGGAGGAAGAGCUGAGAAUGCUGUAUGACCAGUACAAAGAUGAAGAUGACCCAGAUCUUGAUGCAGUAGAUCAAAUUAUGAAGUACAUCAUCAAUCAGAAUCGUACAAGGAGACAGAUUGUUGCUCAGCUUGUAAAGUUGGAUAUUAUUUCAAGUAGCAAAGAUUUAAAGAAGAAGAAAGUAGGGCAGCAAACAAAAUUGUGGAGGGAGGAACAUGAGUUGGAAUUACAGGCCCUCUUUGAACAGUUCAAAGAAUCUAAUGAUGUUGUUGGAAGUAUCAUGGAGAACAUGACUGUGAAACGGUCAAAGAACAAAGUUAUUGAGAAAUUACUGAGUAUGGAACUAGUAAACGAAAGGAAGGAGCUGUACAAGAAAAGACAGAAGAAACCUGGAAACGAAGGUAGAAAAAGUAGGAGGAAAAAAUUCAGUGACAAUGAGGAUGAUGUAAUUGAGAAUGGAACUAUAGAAUUCCAAGAAGGUUUGCCAUCUGACUUUGAGGAACCAGAAGCUUCAGCAACCUCAAGUUCAGGAUCAGAUAGUGAUGGAGAUGUCAGGACUACAGAGACAUUACUCAUCAAGGUACAAAGAGAAGGUUUGUCGAAUCAAGUGAAAUGGAUUCAAGAAGUGCUGAGAUCAACAGCAGAUGAUUUGGAUGAGGAAGAUGACGACGAUGAAGCAGCCAUUCCAGUAGUCGCCAUUAGUCAGGAGCACCAUACUGCCAUUGCCAAUCGCACAUUCCAGAAGUUCCUUAAGAAACUUGGUAUCAAGGCCCCUGCCAACCAUCAGGAAACGUUUUGGCGAAUUCCAGGUAAUCUAACUUCUGCUGACCUCAGAAAGCUUGCAAGUGAAAUUGAGCCUAAAGAUGACAUCACAGAGGUCAACAAGAAAACACAGUCACGUAAAGAGAUGUUGAAAGAAAUGGCGAAAUCAAAAAAGAAGGAUAAGAAAGCAGCUAGGAGAGCUGAACGGGAAAGGAAGAGGGAUGAACAAAGGAAAAAAUUAAUGAAGACAAUGGAAGGUGAUGUGAAUGAGAAUGGUGUGUCGAAAAAGAAGGGCAAACAAAGGAAUAAGAUUAUUAGAACUGCAGACAGUAGUAGUGAAAGUGAUGAAAAAUUAUCUGACUUGAAAUCAAAACCUACUAAACAACCCAGGAGAAAAAAACAGAUAGCAGCUAGUGACAGUGAUGAUGACGCAUUACACAUAGCAGAAGAUCCAUUGGAAAAGGAUCCAGUGGAUCCUCCUGCAGCAAAAGCCUCAAGGAAGAGGAUGUUGAGUGGAUCUAGCAGUGAUGAUGAAAUGGCUGUACAAAGUAGUCUCAAGCAAGCAAAGAAGUCAAAGUUGAUGAGUGACAUCGAGGAUGAUGAAACAACUGCUCAAAAUUCUGCCACACAAAGUAAGAAGUUGAGGUUGUUGAGUGAUAGUGAUGAAGAUGAAACAGCUGUCCAAAAUAAUGCCAAGCAAAGUAAGAAGUCAAGAUUUAUGAGUGAUAGUGAGGAAGAUGAAACAACUGUCGAAAAUACUGCCAAGCAAAGUCAGAAGUCAAGAUUUAUGAGUGAUAGUGAGGAAGAUGAAGCAAUUGUCCAAAAUACUGCCAGACAAAGUACGAAGUCCAGGUUGUUGAGUGAUAACGAGGAAGAUGAAAUGACUGUUCAAACCACUUCCAAACAUAUGAAUAAUUCUAGAAUUUUAAGUUCUGAUGAUGAGAUGGUUGUGGACCAUAGUCCCAAGCAGGCAGAUAAGUCUAGUAAUGAGGAAGGGGAUAUGAUUGUAGAGAAUAGUUUCAAGUUACCUAAGAAGUCCACAUUGAUAAGUGACAGUGAUGAAGACGAGAUAGUCGUACAAAGUAGAUCCAAGCAAAUUAAAAACUUAAGAAAUACAAGUGACAGUGAGGAGGAGGAAGAGGUGCAUACAGAAAAUAGUUCUAAGCAAGUUAAUGGCAUUGAGAACAAUGAGAUGGUUGUACAAAAUACUUCCAAGAAGUCAAAGUUGCUGAGUGACAGCGAAGAGGAAGUAGAAGAGUUGACUGCUGGAAAUAGUUCCAUGCAAGUGAAUAAAUCUAAGACAAGUGACCUUGCAGAGAAAUCUGUAGCGAGUGGUUCUAAGCAAACAAAAAAUGCAAGAUUGGUGAGCGUGAGUGAAGAGGAUGAAGGUGAUAAUAGAAGUGAUCAUGUUAACUUACAGACCAAGAAAACAAAAUCAGCAAAAGUUCCUGAAAUUGUCACUUCAAGCUCAUCUGACUCAGAAGAUGACUUUCCCAUCAUGAACCUGUAACUAUUGUAUUGUUGAAAAAAAAGUCAAGUUUUUACAGUACAAGUACACUUUAAAAUGUGUUUACCUAAAAAAUUUGCCUUCAAAUGGUAGUUGACUGUUGAGCAGUAUUAUUUUUUUGGUGUACAGUAGUUUCAUGAAUGAGUAUAGCCAAUUGUAGACUUGUAAUUUUUGAUAUUCAUUAAGGAAAAGUAGGUGUUGGCUUCUGUUUGACAAUGGUCUGGCGAAUAAAAGCUAAGGCCAGGAGGGUGUAAAAAAGAAAGCCCUAGUAGGGUAGAGAUUAUCCCCUGACAUUCUAUAAGCUAAGGGCUCAGAAUGAAAAUUCUACACAGUGGUAAUUUAGGAAAGUGGGGGGAUCAGCAAGGCCCUUUAACAGUGGGUCUGACAAAGUGGGAAAGAUGAUCAGCAUGGUCUAGGGUUGAGGCCCUGGUGGGGGUAGUGCCCAGAAAACCAGCAGAAUUGCUAUUGUAUUUUUUCAGGCUACUAAGCCAACUUGACCCAGUUUUUUUUUCAAAGAUAGUGUGUAAUAACACAUCAAGUUGGUUUUUUUCCAAUAAAAAAUCUUAUAUUUGAA